AAAGAGAACCUGGUUGAGAUUUCCAGGAAAGCAUCCGUUAAGGAUUCUGGAAAGGACAGUAUCUUUUGUUCCAGUUCAUGAUGGAUUGGCUUCAGCUGUUCUUCCUCCAUCCUGUAUCACUUUAUCAAGGGGCUGCUUUUCCUUUUGCGCUUCUCUUUAAUUAUCUCUGCAUUAUGGAUUCAUUUUCCACUCAUGCCAGGUACCUGUUCCUCCUGGUGGUAGGAGGAGCCCUGGCAGUAGCCGCCAUGGGUUCCUUCGCUGUGCUGGUCUUCAUCCCCGCUCUGUGCACCGUGGUCCUGAUCUACUCGCUGGGCCCCCAGGACGUCCACAGGCUGACUUUCCUCUUUCAGAUGAGCUGGCAGACGCUGUGCCACCUGGGUCUGCACUAUACGGAGUAUUAUCUGCAAGAAGCUCCUUCCACGAGGUUCUGCGUCACUCUUUCUUCCCUCAUGCUCUUGACCCAGAGGGUCACAUCCCUGUCUCUGGACAUUCGUGAGGGGAAAGUGGCAGCAGCAGCAGCAGGAGGAGGCAUCAGGAACAGGAGCUCUUUGUCUGAGCGUCUGUGGGGAGCUCUGCCCUAUUUCAGCUACUUGCUUUUUUUCCCUGCUCUCCUAGGAGGCCCCCUGUGUUCCUUCCAGAGAUUUCAGGCUCGUGUUCAAGGGCCCAGCAGUUUGUAUCCCAGGCACUCUUUCUGGGCUCUGACCCGGAGGGGUCUGCAGAUUCUGGGACUAGAGUGUCUGAAGGUCGUGGUGAGGCGGGCGGUGAGCGCAGGGGCAGGACUGACGGACUGCCGGCAACUGCAGUGCGUCUAUGUCACGUGGUCCACUGCCGGGCUCCUCAAACUCACCUACUACUCCCACUGGCUCCUGGAUGACUCCCUCCUCUACGCAGCGGGCUUUGGAUCUGAGUUUGGUCAGAGCCCCGGUGAGGAGGGAUACAUCCCUGAUGCGGACAUUUGGACGCUGGAAACAACCCACAGGAUAGCUCUGUUCACCAGAAAGUGGAACCAGAGCACAGCUCGGUGGCUCCGACGCCUCGUUUUCCAGCAGGGCAGGACCUGGCCCUUGUUGCAGACGUUCGUCUUCUCGGCUUGGUGGCACGGACUCCACCCGGGACAGGUGUUUGGUUUCCUCUGCUGGGCUGUGAUGGUGGAAGCCGACUACCUGAUUCACACCUUUGCCAAUGUGUUCAUCAGAUCCGGGCCGAUGCGGGUGCUCUACAGAACUCUCACCUGGGCCCACACCCAGCUCAUCCUUGCCUACAUAAUGCUGGCCGUGGAGGUCCGGAGCCUCUCCUCUCUCUGGCUGCUGUGGAAUUCUUACAACAGCGUCUUUCCCACGGUGUAUUGUAUUUUGCUUUUUGUUUUAGCGAAGAGAAAGCAUAAAUUUAACUGACAUCUUUCCUCAACUUUCAUCUUAUACACCCGUGAAACAGACUUUAGAAAGUAUCAGAUGGCGCCUUGAAGAUGCAGGUGUUUGCACUUUUCCGUGAUAAAAGUUAUUUUUUUAAGUAUUGGAUGUAUGUACCUGGAGUAGUGUUGACUUACAAUGUUGUAUUAGUUUCAGGUAUACAGCAAAGUGAUUCAGUUAUACAUAUAUAUAUUCUUUUUCAGAUUCUUUUCCCAUAUAGGUUAUUACAAAAUAUUGAGUAGACUUCCCAAUGCUAGGCAGUAGGUCCUUGUUGUUUAUUUUACAUGUAAUAGUGUGUAUAUAUUACUCCCAAAUUCCUAUUCACCUUCCUUUUCAAUUACUUUGUAGUCUUGGUAUCUGGUUCCAAAAGUCUGUGGAAUGAAUAAAUGCUGAUGGUGGGCCAUGUAACGUUUCAGGUGGGAAUGCAAAACAUCAUAUGAGAUGUAGAGUAUUCGGUAUACUUUUCCCUUUCUUCCCAUCCAUGCAGAUAGCAGGUUCUAGGUUCACUGUCUCAGGACAGUAUGCCACAGGGAGAGAACACAUUGUGGAGAAAGGUUUAUCAGUAAUAAGAUUAUUCUACGUGUCUUUGAAUCAAAUCUAUUGUUAUAGGAA